AUGUCUACAUCAACUGAACGUGAAGCAAAAGUGUUGGCCGAUUCAAUCGCCACAGUAUCCGAUGUUAACAACUCACUGCCCCAACCAAAGGGUCAGGAGGCCACCACAAUCAAACAGUCCAUCGAGGAUAAGAAGGCCGACGCCCAGUUGGGUUCCGGUGCCAAGGACCAAGAGGUCUUCUUUGUCAAGGACGAGAACAACGUCACCAAGGAGUUGGACAAGACCAUCAGUCCCAAGGCCACCGUCUUCUUCAAGAACCUCAAGGAUGGUCACUACACCCUCUCAGCUCGUGUCGUCAAGGUCAUGAUUGAGUCCUGCCAGAGAUGUACAUUUGUCUUCAAGGGAAGAAUCUUCACAAACACCAUCGAGGCCUGGAAGACCGUCGAUGUCAACAUCAAUAUCCUGAACGACCAAGUAAAGACACUACAAGUUGAUAUGACAUCUAGAAUGAACAUCACUUAUGAUACUAGAACAUCGCUGCACUCGUUGGUAUGGAGUGGUGUCAAUGACAUGAAGAUUAGAUUCGACGACGAGAAGGACUUUGUUCACCAGACUGGCUUCGAGCAGAUGAAGCAGCAGUUCCCAGAGGGCAACCUCAGCUUCACCGUCGACCAAUUCACCACCAGGAUCAUCAAGGGCGAGCUGAUCACCGAGCAGAUCGUCAGACUGGCCAACGGCUAUCCAACCACCGAGCGCGAGGCUCAGGAGUUUGACAAAAACGCCGACGCAAAUGCCAAGCGCGCCGAGGAGUACAUCAGGACGAGACUGGCAGAGAGCGGUGUGCGUCUGGGUGCCGGCAACCUUCCAAAGAAGGAGGCCGGUAGAAACGACGCCUGUCCAUGCGGCUCUGGCAAGAAGAACAAGAAGUGUUGUAAUAAGUAA